GUCCCGUGGUGGUGGUCUUGGUUCCCGCAAACAGAAAGAGUUGCCAACAGAACCCCCUUUCACAGCGUAUGUGGGAAAUCUACCCUUCAACACCGUUCAAGGAGACAUAGAUGCCAUCUUCAAGGAUCUCAGUGUCAGGAGCGUACGACUAGUCAGAGACAAGGAAACAGACAAAUUUAAAGGAUUUUGUUAUGUAGAGUUCGAUGAGGUGGAGUCACUCAAAGAAGCUCUUACGUAUGAUGGUGCACUUUUGGGUGACCGAUCACUCCGAGUGGACAUAGCAGAAGGCAGAAAACAGGAUAAAGGUGGCUUUGGCUUCAGAAAAGGUGGCGGGGCUGAUGACAGAGGAAUGGGAGGAGGUCCCCGAGAAUCCAGAGGAGGUGGAUGGGAUUCAAGAGAUGACUUCAAUUCUGGAUUCAAAGAUGAUGACUUCUUGGGAGGUCGGGGUAGAGGAACCCGCCCUGGAGACCGGCGACCACCAGGUGCCUCAAUGGGAAGUGGUGGCACUGGUCGCUUCAGAGAUGGGCCUCCCCUUCGUGGAUCUUCCAUGGACUUCAGAGAGCCAACAGAAGAGGAAAGAGCACAGCGACCCCGACUUCAGCUCAAACCUCGAACAGUUGGUACCCCGCUCAAUCAAGUAGCCAACCCAAACUCUGCUAUCUUUGGUGGAGCCAAGCCCCGAGAGGAAGUAGUAAAAGCGCACGACUGAGUUUGGGGUUGAGAGGGAAUGGGGAGGCGGGAGAAAAAGCAAGACAGUACAGAGUAACUAGCUCUGCUGGAAUGUCAACCCUGCAGUUUACCAUUCCUGCCAUCUGGCAUUUGUCCUCUUUGAAACCGAAAAUACAGAGCUUGUGAAUGCAUGUCAGCUGUUAACAAGUGGUUUUUAGUACGUUCUUGGCUUUGCUGUAUCUAGUGCCUGCUUUGUGCUGAGUUUCCCUCUUCUGUUUCCUUCCAAGCAGCACAGUUGCCAGUAGUUAAGGCAAUGUAGCUGCUUCCACGAGUGUGGAGGUCUCUGGACAAAGGUGCUGCUUUGACUUCUUCCUUUCUGGGUUUGUUUUACUUUAGAAGCACAGGUUAGACUUAGUUAUUGCCCUGUAUUGUUUCCUUUUACUUCCUCAGUGCUCCUCUUCUGAUCUGCAUGUCUUGUUCUGUAUUGCUGUGGCUCUGAAGAGGAAAACUGGAGAGUCCAGAUGAGUUGAACAGAGAAAUUUACAGUUCUAACCAAGUAGUGAAAUACCAUUUAUGACAAUUGGCGUUAGUCACUGCAUACAUCAGAGCCCCGUCUAAAACUAAGGAGGAUAACUGCUUUUUCACACAGGUUACCAGAAAUACCAAUUUAAUAGAUGCAAAUCAAAUUGGCUUACAAGGAGCCUGGUGAAUAGGUGGUGGAAUCCCUAUGGAUAGAGUGUCUGCCAGCAGACUGUUGCUGGUGGCUCUCUGUUGACUUCAAAAUGGUAUUAUGCUACACCUCUGAGCUCAAGGUUAGUGCUGCAAAAAUGUGCCUGUUUGAGCACAGCUGCUCACUGGCUCUUUCUGCUUACAUUUUUUGGGGGGGCUUUACGCAUUUGGUAAAUUUUUAAACAAAGUUUCUACAAAAAGUUGACUUUUUUAGUUUUUGUUUAAGGAGUGUAUACUUUGCCAUGCAGUAUGUAAUUGCCAUUAUCCCCUGUAUUUCUUUGCCCAGUGGUGUACAGUUUUAAGACCUCUGCUUUCAGAAUACCUUGAAAAUGGGCAGAUUAGAAAUCAUUCUGCUGUAGAUUCUCUUCAUGUAGAAGUUCGGGUUAAAAGCAUCUCUAACUGCUGCAUCUCUCUUCACUUGAAAUCUUUCUUGCCAGUGUUGUGUGGUAGGAGGGAGGGGGAGGCUGGAGCAAAAGGAGAGCGAUCAUUAGUGUUUAAAAACAAAACCUGGAUCUAUAACACUGAAGCGUGGAUAUGUGUGAUGCAUGAGAAAAUUUUGGGCCCCCAGUGCUAGUGCUGACAGCUUUCAGAUCAAACAGCCGGCACACCGGAGCACUUGCAGGAGGAGUUUGGAAGCAUGGCUGCUUCACUGCCAGCAUCACUGCUUGUAGUGAACCUCUUCCCUAAAGUUACCUUGGUAAUGUCAGAGUCCCAGCAAUUCACAGAACUACUCUUUCCUUCCUUCUGCCUGUCACUUAAUCUGCUUCUGAGAUAAGAACCAUUUGUCUAACACUAAUACUUAAUUUAAGACAGACAUGCAUUUGUGUGGUUGUAUUCCAAACCAAUAAUUGACCUAUUUACAUCUUCAAUGUGGAAAAGAUUUUAAGAACAAAUUCCCAUAUAAAAAUCUCACCUCUAGUCAAGGCAGUUGACUUUUAAAUGUAAAAACAAAAACAAAAAAAAAGAAUUCCAAACACUUAACACGUUCUGCUUCAUAACAAAAUAAAUUUAUGGAUAUGGUAUUUUGUGAAUGAUCUUUUAAAUAAAAGAAAACAUUAAGUAAUAUUUAA